AUGCGUCUCUCCGCCACAAUCGGUGCUACACUUGCACUCUGCACUUCUGCGCUCGCGUGGGACAUCUCGUUUUACACCGACUCGAGUUGUGGUCAAGACAAUGGCGACUACGUCACCUAUACUGGCAGUUCAGGCGGCCAUUGCCAAUGGCUGGGCGCUAAGCCCCCAAGCUGGGCUACGUGUAAAAAGUUCACGAAUGGUGGGGUUAGUGGCCCUUUUGAUUGCACCGCAGGUGAUUUUACGGAUGCCAAAUCGUUUGCUAUUGCCAGCGGCGAUUUCUAUCUAGCCGACGCUCGCUCUGCGAACAGCCGUAACUGUCAGACCGGAUUUGGCAGUUCUCAAAAGGGAUGCCAGAGUAUCCAUGUUAGAGGCUUUACCCCAAAUUAA